CAUCUUUGCCUUGCUGUUAGGCAAACUUCCCAUGCGGCACAAGGGGCCAAUCUGAGUUUUUCGCAGAGCACGUGAAGGCAUCGUACGACCCGGCGCACAUCACUGCAGGCGGUGACUUUAACCGCUCCGUUAAACUAAAACACAAACGUGCAAUGUUUAGAAAAGUAGCCGGGAGAGCCGAGAGCAUUUCUGGUGUACAGCAGUACCCAGGGGAUAUUCACUGACGGCAUUGUUAGCUAGAGAGAUUGGUUACCAGCGGAUAUAUGCCGCUUUAAUUACUCUAAAGUUACCCUCAGAAUGACGAGCGAAACAGACGCAGUUUCGGGCUUUUAACAACCUCUGGAUACAGCUAAUUUAUCUUAAAGCGAGAAACAAACUAAGCCUAGCUUAACGAGCGAGGUGUCAUUUAACGCGAGUUGGAUUUAGUUUCUCUGUUAUUCUUUGGUGAUACAGUGACGACGCUGACGCUAACUUAUCAGGUUAGCUUUAGUUAACAGUCCCGAAGAAGCUACAUCCUCCGAAUUCAGGGUCGAUUUCCCGAGCUAUUUAACGUGGCUCACGUUAAUACAAAAUUUUUGAUUUUCGCUGACUUCAAAUCAAAGGGAUUUCUACCUGAAGAGUAAUAAACACUGGAAAUUAACUUACCUACAUCAAGGAGCUGAAUGGCCUCCGUUGUAGCAGUGAAAACCGAGAAGCGACCUGCAGCUGAUACACAGGAUGCAGACUCCAAUGCAAAAAAGCCCAGGAAACUGCUGCCCAGCCUGAAGACCAAGCGAGCCCCCGAGCUGGUCCUGGUGAUUGGUACUGGGGUGAGCUCUGCAGUGGCCCCUCAGGUCCCUGCCCUCCGCUCCUGGAAAGGCCUCAUCCAGGCCUUGCUCGAUGCUGCCAACGACUUUGACCUACUAGAGGAGGAGGAGAGCCGGCGUUUCCAGAAGCACAUGCAGGAAGAUAAGAAUUUGGUGCAUGUGGCCCAUGACCUCAUUCAGAAACUUUCCCCGAGAACAGGCAAUGUUCGAUCCACAUUCUUCAAGGACUGUCUCUAUGAGGUAUUUGACGAUUUGGAGUGCAAGAUGGAGCAUGCAGGGAAACAUUUACUGCGCUCAGUGUUGCAGUUAAUGGAGAGCGGUGCACUGGUCCUCACUACUAACUUUGACAACCUGUUGGAGAUAUAUGCAGCUCACCAGGGCACUAAGCUGGAGUCUUUGGACCUGACAGAUGAGAAGAAGGUGUUGGAGUGGGCUCAGGAGAAACGGAGGUUAAGUGUUCUGCAUAUCCACGGUGUUUACACCAACCCCAGUGGUAUUGUACUGCACCCUGCUGGCUACCAGAAUGUACUGAGGAACACUGAGGUCAUGCGUGAGAUCCAGAAGCUGUAUGAGACCAAAUCAUUUGUGUUUCUUGGCUGCGGGCGCACAGUAGACGACACAACCUUCCAGGCUCUGUUCUUGGAGGCAGUCAAACACAAGUCGGACCUGGAGCACUUCAUGCUCGUGCGCCGCGAGGACGUGGGUGAGUUCAAGAAGCUGCGCGACAACAUGCUGGACAAGGGCAUCAAAGUCAUCUCCUAUGGAGAUGAGUAUGCCGACCUGCCCGAGUACUUUGAGAGGCUGGCCAAUGAGAUCUGCAACCGGGAUGUGUCUACCAACGGCUGGGGGUCUCCCUCACAAAAUGGGGAAGAGCAGCAGAAUGGCUUUAACACACAGAAAAGCCUCCUUCAAGACUAUCAUUCCUGACAGGCACACGAUCGGGAUCAGUAUCAGUCAUUUUCCUCCACAGCUUCAUCGAGAGAUCAGUGUAUUUCGAGUAGUACUCAAUUCUGAUUUCAUUCGGAUUUAGGAAUCCAGGAACAUUAUGGGCAAUGGGAGACCUAAAAGCUGUUGUCACUAUUUUGCAGAUGUCCAAUUUUUUUUUUUAAACUUUUUAUUCGUUUUUAAUUUAAAGUGGAAAGGAGAUAUUAAGGUAACGGUCAACACCAAUACCCAACCUCACAGACCCCACUGUACUGUAUUUAAAUGUUGCUGAAACCUCAAUAUUUCGAAAAGCUAAAUAACCGAUUUAUGUAUGCAGGUGAUGCAAUGGUAUGCUGCUUGGAUUUGGACAUACAUUAAACAAGAAUGCAGUUAAACUGCAUCACCUUGACCUAACUGCCCCGUAAUGAGAAGCUCUAAUUGCAAGCUGUAACGCACAUCACAUGCUCCUGAAGUGAGAAAAAGUCUUGUAUCUGUCAUACUCAACCCUGGAACCAGGAAAACUUGAUUUGCACAUUACUGGAGGGGGAUGGUUACUUUGCAAACACAUUAAUGUUAUGAUUCUGUCCUCAAGUGGAAGUUCAGUUUUCAUAGCAGAGAGGCUCUGCCAGUAGCAAUCACUUUGCCACUCCUGUGCUGAAAGUAAAAAAAUGUUCUUUGUAAGCCUUUUUUUGUAUUUUUAAUACUUGCAUGUGUUUUCUGACAUAGUAUUUAUAUAUACUAUUUUCAAAA